AUGAAAAUAUUUUUCGUUUCAUUGAUCGCCGUCUUGACGAUUUUCACACAACUUAAGGAUGCCGACGCCUGGUUGCUGCCAUGUGACGAAACAAUCGAAUUAAAAGCUGGCGACAACAUUACCUUAAAAUCUCCCAACAAUCCAGUUGGUUCUGCUGGCUCCUUGUGUCGCUACAAAAUAAAAGCUCCUCAGGGAUUUACGAUAACAGCGACUUGCAAAUUGAAGAUUCAUCAGCACGACAACGGAAAAUGUUCGAGUGAAUCUUUUCAUGUGAUGAAAAAUGGAAGCACGGAUUUGUUGGGAAGUGAAAUAAUUUGUGGCAAGGGAAAAAUUACUCGCACAAGUCGAUUUAACGAAUUGACACUUGUUUACAAAUCGGAAAUUAAUUCUGGAAAAUUUUCUUGUUCAAUUACGACGAAUUGUGAUUGCGGAUGGAGUGUUAAGAGCAAAGUAGUGAAUGGAGAAAUUGCCGAAGUGAACGAAUUCAUCUCGAUGGCUGGCAUUGUAGAUCUAAAAUUUCGAUCUGUUGAAUGUGGCGGUGGCAUUAUCUCGCCUUUUUACGUACUUUCAGCUGCCCAUUGUUUUUCUCACAUCUACCCGGAGCACAUUGGGGUACUUGUCGGUGAUCACGAUCAUUCUAUUGGACAAGAAACCACAUUUGCCGCUCUUUAUCUCGUUCAGGAAAUCAUAAAACAUGAAAAUUUCAAUCCCCAAACCGAUGAAAAUGACAUCGCACUCGUCAAGACAAAGACUGAAAUCAAGUUCAACAUCGCCGUUGGACCAGCAUGUCUUCCUUACGUAUUUCCCGAGGACCAUUUCGACAACAAUUUCGUGUUGGAAGCUGCUGGAUGGGGCACCACGUCAUUCAUGGGCCAAGUAUCGAGUGUUUUACGAACUGUUGAUUUGAAUACGAUGAAUUACGAAACUUGCAAUGAAAUUUGGCAGAAUAUAAAGACGUUGACACCGAGAAAUGUCACAGCGAAACAAUUGUGUACAUUCACUGAGGGACAAGAUACGUGCAAGGGUGACAGUGGUGGCAAUUUGUAUUAUCGGAAUAAUAAGCUUUAUACCAUUUUGAUUGUUAGUUUUGGCAAAGGGUGUGCGAAUCAGAAUCCAGCGGUCAAUACAAAAAUUUCCGCUUACUUGUCGUGGAUUGAGGAAAAUGCAAAGGAUGCGUUUUUCUUAUUUUUAAUAUUUACCGGAUUGCUCAUCUUAGCACAAUUAUAUGACGCAAAUGCCUGGUUGCUGCCAUGUGACGAAACGAUAAACUUAGAAAUUGGCAAUAAAAUCGUUUUAAAUUCACCCAACAACCAGCCUGGCACUCCUGGUUCAUUUUGUCGCUACCAAAUAAAAGCUCCUCAAGGAUUCACGAUAUCAGCGUCGUGUAAAUUAAAAAUGCAACAAGACAAAAACGGCAAAUGCUCAAGCGAAUCUUUCUACGUCAUGAGCAACGGAGGCACGGAUUUGACGGGAAGUGAAAUAAUUUGUGGCAAAGGAAAAUUUAUCCGCAAAAGUCGAUUUAAUGAGUUGACUCUUGCUUACAAAUCCGAAAAUAAUACCGGGAGCUUUUCUUGUUCAAUUACGACGAAUUGUGAUUGCGGAUGGAGUGUUAAGAGCAAAGUAGUUAAUGGAGAAAUUGCCGAAGUGAACGAAUUCAUUUCGAUGGCUGGAAUUGUUGACUUGAAAAAAAGAUCUGUCGAAUGUGGCGGCGGAAUUAUCUCACCUUUUCACGUAGUCUCAGCUGCUCAUUGUUACUUUGACAGUUUAUCCAAUCCUUCCAACGUUGCAAUUCUCGUCGGGGAUCACGAUCACUCCAUUGGACAAGACACUAAAUUUGCCGCCCUUUAUUUGGUCGAAAAAAUCACAAAACACGAAAAUUAUCAUCCAUUGACGCACGUUAACGACAUCGCAUUGCUAAAAACUUCAAACGAAAUCAAAUUCAACAUCGCCGUGGGACCAGCUUGUCUUCCUUAUAAUUUUGCCCCGAACCAUUUUGACAGCAAUUUUACUCUCGAAGCUGCUGGAUGGGGCUCGACGUCUCUUGGAGGAGGUCAUUCAAAAGUAUUGCGAACGGUGGAACUGAAAACGAUGGAUAUCGAGACAUGCAGAGAACGUUGGGAGAAUGUUUGGUCGACGGUAACGAGAAAUAUCACGACGAAUCAAGUUUGUACGUUUAUGCAAGGCAAAGACACGUGCAAGGGUGACAGUGGAAGCAAUUUGUAUUAUCGGAAUAAUAAGCUUUAUACUGUGCUGCUUGUCAGUUAUGGCAGAGGUUGUGCGAAUAAUAUUCCAGCAGUGAAUACGAAGAUUUCAGCGUAUUUGCCGUGGAUCGAGGAAAAUACGGAGGGACAGCAUUUUUGUAAAGCCUGA